AUGUUUAGUUUGCAAGGAAAUUAUAGAUGGCUUAAUAUUUUACAAGAUAUCGUUAAGGAUUACAACAACACCAAACAUUCAACAAUUGCAAUGAAACCAAACCAAGUAAAUAAACAAAAUGAAAAGAAGAUUUUAAGAUCAAUCUUUACUCAUGCUAAAACAGUAGAUUCAAAACUUGCUAAAUUUAAAGUUGGAGAUCAUGUGCGUAUAAGCAAGUAUCGUGAGGCGUUUUCCAAAGGUUACACUCCAAAUUGGUCAAAUGAAAUAUUUAGAAUUAAAAAAGUUAAGAUGACAAAUCCCAGAACAUAUAUAAUUGAAGAUGAAAGAAAUGAGGAAAUUCAGGGUGGAUUUUAUGAACAGGAGUUACAGAAAGCAAAACACUUUGAUGUAUAUCUCGUUGAAAAAAUUCUAAGAAGAAAAGGAAACAAAGUUUAUGUAAAAUGGUUAGGAUUAGAUAAAAAAUUUAAUACAUGGAUUAAUAAAAAUGAUGUUGUAUAG